AUGAGGCCACGAUGGCAGCGGCUUGUGCCGCUCUUCUUUGUCAUUCUAGCGACACUUCUUUCCUUUACGACAGCACAGUACGGCGGCAGCGAUGCGCAUGCGCAGCAAAGACCAUUAGGGAGAAAGUUAGCACCUUCAGGAACAGCACAGUCCGAGGAGCAGCCGGCUUGGAAGUCAAAAUGGGGCACUACAGAAGAGAGGGAAAAGCAGGGCAAGGGUCAUGCGGCCUUCGAAGAGGCGACUUUAUUACUCCACAAGGUCAAGCCCGCGGCCACGCCCUGGUACAACUUUGACAAGAAUGCGGGUAUAAUUGGAGCAAGCGCAUACUAUGCGAAGGAACUGUUCUUCUUACUGUUCAUGAAUGGGCCCAACGAAUCGCAGCCUUUCACGACCAACCCGCAAUCGAAGAAACUCAGCCAGCCCUUGUCGCAAGCUGUCAAGCUGCUGGAAGCUGCCGCCGCUCAGAAAAACGUAGAUGCCAUUUACACGCUCGCCGAUCUGAACUUCUACGGUAAUUACUCACACCCGCGCAACUACUCCGAAGCUUUUCGACGAUACUACGAACUCGCGACCCUCGACGGAAAUGCCUCGGCGCAGCACAUGGUUGGGUUCAUGUACGCUACUGGCAUUGGAGGCGUGGUGGAGCAAGACCAGGCGAGAGCAAUGUUAUACCAUACCUUAGCAGCUGAGGGUGGCGACGUGCGAUCAGAGAUGACGAUUGCCUAUCGUCACUCCUCUGGUAUUUCAACGCCCAGGAAUUGCGACGAGGCUGUGCACUUCUACCGGGAGGUUGCCAAGAAGGCUGUUGCGUAUAUGCGCUCCGGCCCACCAGGAGGGCAUUCUAUGCCACGGGAGUCGUUCAGAAUCGCCGAUGAAGAGGGCGGUGUCUACGGCGAGGGCGCAAGCGCAAGCAGCUCGGGACCGAACGCCAAGACGGGGAGUGUUCACUCAGACGCCUACUCUUCGUUGGACGAUGUGGUGGAGUAUAUGGAUCUUCAAGCCAGGAAGGGCGAUGCGAGAGCAAGCUUUAACUUGGCUAAGCUAAACUACGACGGAGCGAGGACCUCAAAACGAGACCUACCGGCUGCGAAGAAGCGCUUCUUGGAGCUUGCACGCAUGUACUGGGACAAAAAUGGCAAGACAAAGCAGAACGUGUCUCCGCUCACCGAGAAGUUGGCAGCGAAGGCAGCCGGCUACCUUGGGCGUAUGUUCCUCCGUGGUGAGGGUAUGCCCCAGAGCUUUGACAUUGCCAGAACGUGGUUCAGGCGCGGUAUUGAGCACGGUGACGCACUUUCGCAGUACUCGAUGGGCAUCAUGUACCUGAAGGGGCUUGGUGUACCAAAGAAUCCUGUCAAGGCGGCCGAGCUAUUCGGUGCUGCCGCAGAUGAUGAUUUGGCCGUGGCUCAGGUUCGCUUAGGUGCACUCUUCCUCGAUCAGGGCGACGUCCCAACUGCUAUGAAGUACUUCGAUUUGGCAGCCCGACAUGGACACCUUGAAGCUUACUACUACCUGGCCGAGCUUGCACACCACGGUGUUGGCCGCGAUAAGUCCUGCCAUGUUGCUUCUGCAUACUACAAGAUUGUAGCCGAGAAGGCAGAACUCAUCUCGACAUCCUUCCCUGAGGCAAACGAGGCGUACGGCAACGGAGAUCUUGAGACGGCAUUAGUCCGUUACAUGAUGGCUGCCGAGCAGGGCUUUGAGGUCGGACAGGCUAACGUGGCGUAUCUGCUCGACCAGGUCAAGCCGAAGUUCACUCUUAGCUCGCUCAUUCCGUUCGUGCAGAAAAAGGCGAGUCUUGCCAGUGACGCCGUCCUGGCUUUGAUCUACUGGACCCGCUCGGCCGAGCAGAAGAACGUUGACUCGAUGGUCAAGAUGGGCGACUACUAUCUCCAAGGCUUCGGAACGUCUCCGGACCGUGAGAAGGCGGCUGCGUGCUACCAAGCCGCAGCCGAGACUCUGCGCAGCGCUCAAUCGAUGUGGAAUUUAGGCUGGAUGCACGAGAACGGCAUCGGCGUUGACCAGGACUUCCAUCUCGCGAAGAGACAUUAUGACCUCGCUCUUGAGACCAACCCUCGCGAAGCGCAUCUACCAGUCCUACUAGCUCUGUAUAAACUCAGAUUCCGCAGCUGGUGGAACACCAUCACUAACGGCAAGAUCAAGUCCAUCCAGGAUGAACCUACCGUCAAGAAAGACUUCUCCCUCUCUGAAUGGAUAAGCGCCUUCCUCGAUGCCGAGCUCGCUGGCUGGGAUGACUACGAGCCCGAUGACUAUGAAGACCACAUCGACGGCGGCGACGGCUACUACGGCGAUGAAAUCGAUUCCGACAUUCUUGAAUCGCUUGUCAUUCUUGCACUCAGUGGCGCGCUUGCAUUCUUGUUGUAUUACCGCGCGCAGAGACAGAGGAGACAGGAGGAGGAGAGACAGAGACAACAAUUGCAACAUCUCCAGGCUAAUGGAUUAGCACCUGUUGCGCCGGCUGCUGCUGCUCCUGCGGCGCCUGCGAGGCAGGACCAGGGGUUCCAGCCAAAUGAUAUGUUCUGGGCCGGCGGUGGUGCUGGUCUAUAA